UCUGGGCCCCAUCCGUUCUGGGAGCCUUUGCGGAACCUGAAUUAUCCGUAUUAGACUUCGGAUUACUUCGGAUUGGUGCUGUGCUCCUGCGGUACCUGACUGCCUUGAUGUUGCGUUGGGAUGAUUGGAUGAUAUGGGAGGAUUUACAGCUAAACGGUUGCCUUCGCCCUGCCUUGGCGGAGGAGCUGCAAGUAUACCUCAGGGGCCAGCAUUGCCUAUCAUCAGUGUUUGUCGUGGUCUUUUGUGGCAAGUUUACACACCCUUGGACGAUCUGCUGUCUAUUUUGGUCGAUCAUUUUGGUCUUAGGUCGAAAUUUAAGAGAGGGCAUCAUCCCCCCUUGCUUUCCUUUCUUUUUUUACUUUACCUUUUCUGCGUCUUAGGGUGUUGUCAUUCUUUCAACCACUUACACACCUACACCCGACGCUACUAAGUGUCUCUUGGAACUAGGUGCUCGCGAUGAGGUCCACAACCCUCCUCACACUGCUCACCAGCGCCCUGGGAGCGUCCGGGGCAAGCCUCCCGGCCCGUCCGCGCGCCACGCCGCGGCUUCUGCUCUUGCACACGUUUUCAGAGUCGAGUCCCUCAAAUGCGCGCCUCCUCGCAGCAUCCACGGAAUCCACCAAGGGCGGCGCCAUCCUUACCCUCGGCGAUGACGGCAACUCACCUGCGAUCUCCUCCGUGCAGGGGACCUUCCGCGUACCCCACGCGGAAAUUCCCACCUCGGGCCCGACCGCCGGCAACCCGGUCGGCGAGUACGCGGCCUCCUUCUGGGUGGGCAUCGACAGCGCCCGCCCCCGGCCCGCGAGCUCGCCCAACGCGACCUGCGGCGGCUCCCUGCGCGCCGGCGUGGAUGUCUUCUGGGACGGCACGAUCGGCGGCCAGCAAUCGCCUUUCGCCUGGUACCAGUUCGCGCCCGGGAUGGGGAACGCGGUCGGGUUUGGCGAGGGGUUCAGUGUAAGCCCCGGGGAUCUGGUGCGGUUCACGCUCGAUGCCGGCAGUGUGCUGGUGGAAAACUUUGGCGGGAAUGUCACUUGUGUGAGCGGCGGCGCGAACAACGGGACGCGGCCGAUCAAGAGUGUGAGGCAGGCGUUGCCGUCGCCGAGUGCCGGACUUUGUGGGACAGAGGCCGCUUUUAUCGUGGAUGACCCGCCGCUCGUCUCCAGGCCCGAUGUCCCCGUCGCGUUGGCCAAUUUCACGAGUGUCACCUUCGGCACCCGUGUCACGCUUGCGGACGGGUCGGUCAAAGAUCUCGCCGGGGCCGAGGUGCUUGAUGUGCGACAGCAGCAGCAGGGCGGGAAGUUGACGAGCUGUGAGGUGGUCGAGGGGAAGAAGGUGAAAUGCACCAGAGUCGUCGAUAGCUAGGUGGGCAUGAUGCUGGGACUCGGGAGUGGAAAGGGGGCCAUUUGAAAGGGUGAUUUGGGGUAGUAAUGAACCACAACUGUUCUG